AUGGCAAAAUCAUAUGGUAUAUCGCUCGCUGACGCAAUCUAUCUCGUAUCUGUUCAACAUAAGGGGUGCGCGGUGCACAAGCUACGCUGCCAAACGAUCACUCGUGUUUUAACCGCAAUCUUCAUAUCGCCACCAAUUGGGAUUGGUAGCGGGGUGGUGGCUGAGUUAUCUACACCUGAUGAAUAUGCUAGGAAGGUGGGCUGGUGGGUUUUGAUGACCAUCCUUGGUACCCCAGCUGGGCCUCUACUCAUGGGAUUUGUGGUGCAACACACUCGGGUCGAAUUCAUAUUCUGGAUAUAUGCCAUCAUCAACUUCUUGCAAGCGCUAGCUUACGUCUUCCUUGGCGGCGAGACCCUCCGUAUUCGGGAAGUUGACAGUGAUCUUACCACCGAGGAAUAG